CUCGACCUAAUUCGCCGGCACGCUCUCCGCUGAUACGUUCAGUCAAUCGCACCGCCCGCGCGCAGCGGCCGUGUCAGACGAUUAAAAAUAACGCGCCGGAAUUAAAAAGUUUGUGUUCCAUUUUUGAAUUUGAAUUCGCGUUCGUUCUCUUUAUUUCAUCAUGUCUUCAGCCACAGCCACCAAAAAUGGGACUGUCCAAGGAUUAGCAGCCAAGGCGCCAUGGACGGACGAGCAAGGCAUAGCGGUCAAAGUAUACGAAGGUGUGGUGACCACACUAGAAGUGCUGCUGCUGUUUGUCAAAAUGUGGGUCUCCUGGAUAUACGCGAUGUACCAGCUCGUCGUGCCGCCGGUGCCCAAAAGCGUGGAAGGGGAGGUUAUUCUGAUCACUGGCGCUGGUCAUGGCAUGGGCCGCGAGGUGGCGCUACGGUUCGGCAAGCUGGGAGGAGUCAUCGUCUGUGUAGAUAUUAAUGCUGCCGGCAACCAGGAAACUGUGGAUGCCAUCAAAGCCAACAAGGGGAAAGCGCACCGCUAUGAGUGUGACGUCACGGACAGCAAAGCCGUAGCCGCGAUGGCAGAGCGCGUGCGCCGCGAAGUUGGUGACGUCACGAUGCUGGUCAACAACGCCGGGAUCAUGCCGUGCAAGCCUCUGUCGCAGCAUUCUGAGAAGGACAUCAGGACUAUGAUGGAAGUCAACGUUAUGGCGCACUUCUGGAUGCUCCAGAACUUCCUGCCAUCGAUGAUGGAGAAGAACCACGGCCACAUCGUAGCCAUGUCCUCCAUGGCUGGUAUGCUUGGUCUCCGCAACCUGGUGCCUUACUGCGCAUCCAAAUUUGCAGUUAGGGGCAUGAUGGAAGCUCUGCAUGAGGAGUUGAGGGAGGACGCCAAGGAUUACAGUGGAAUCAAAAUGACCGUGAUCUGCCCCUACAUAGUAGACACAGGCCUGUGCAAGAACCCCAAGAUCCGCUUCCCCACGCUGAUGAAGAUAGUCACGGCCGACGAGGCGGCGGACAACAUCGUCGAUGCCGUCAGGAGGAACUACUCAGAAAUCACCAUUCCUAGCUCCUUGUACUACGUUAACUCGUUCCUCCGACCGCUACCCAAAACUGUCCCACUUCAUCUCAAGGACUUCCUAGAUUCUGGGCUGGAGGCCCAAUAACUAGAUUAAGUGUUGAUUAAGUUUAAAUGCGACGUUAGCCAUCAAGCUCGAAUACAAAAAACUUCAAGUAAGGUAAAAGUACCGAUGCUCAACACGCUAAGGCCGAUAUUAGGUUAUCAUAGAAAUAUGAUCAUAUUGAUCAUAGACGUCAUGCCAUCCUUUUCCUUUACGUUGAAGAAAAAGGGAGGCAUACAUACCUCUGAUAAUAUACAUGAUAGUGUACUCUCGGCCUGAGGGCCAACAGAUGAUACCCUCUUGCCACAUUUAUUGACAAUGGACACUGUCGAGCAUGUACUUUUGCCGUAUUGUUGUAUUUAUAAAAAUAAGUAAUGCCUUCGACUAUUUGUUUUAAAUAGUGUUGGAGUCGAUAAUAAUAUGAAUUAUAAAUAAGCUUAGGACUUUUUAUGGCAUACCGUGGUUCUAAAAUCCGUGGAGUCGACAUAUGAAAAAUUUUCGAAGUCAAAGUCAAAGUCCAACAGUAUGAUGUCAUAUUAAAUAUAA